CGGGUCAUUAAUGGUGAAUUGGUUCCAUACGAGAAAGGCCAGGUACCGAAAAAGUUGGAAGGCACCGGUGAUGCCUAUGGACAGUUGAUAUUUGCAAAGCCAUCAAGUGAAAUGACCACCGGAACAAGUCGUCGCCGGAGUAUUGGCCCCUUUACAACGGCCGACAAUUUCCCCCUUGAUGAGUCCAAUUCCAAAAGCUUUGGACCGUUUAGUGUGGAAGACAAUCUGCGAUCGAGCAUAAGAGUCAACGAUGCAGAACCGAUUCGAUUCCCCACAAAUAUUGGACCGUUUUCACGUGCCGAUAAUGCACGUCUCUCGAAUGCCAAAUUGAUUGACUAUAUUAAGAAAAUCAAUGAUCAGGAAAGCAAAAAACAUUACUACGCAGCUAGAACUCCAAACAAGGAGAUCUUUGCCGAACAGCCGAAGAUCCAACGAAGGAUGCUUCAAAAUCCAGGCAAUCCCGUUUAUCCAGUUUCGAAAAUGUAUUCCGUCCCCGGAUCAAAUCAGCUUCAAAGUGAGCUGGAAGAUUCCCGGAAGCCAGUACUUCAGUAUGCUCACCCCGAGUUGGGAGUUCAGCCAGCCAAAUUUGUACCUCCGGAGAGUAAGCCAACUCCGAAAGCCACGAAGAAAAUAAUUAAUGUCGAGUACAGUAAACAUAAUGACCACUCUCCAUUUGCCAUUGAGCCGGCCAUGUUGGGUAAGGAUUAUUACGACGCUCCACCAGGUAUCAAGUUUUCCCCCAAGAACCCUUAUGACGAACUGUACCAACCCGCCAAGAAGAUGCCCGCUACUUAUCCUUACAACUAUGGUUUUAUUCGCCGUGUUAGGCCGGAACGCCCUUUCUGGGUAAAGAUAACCGAACAAGUAAAGGACAGCUUUCAAAAUGGGAUCCAUUCGAUGCAAGAAUUCGCCAAACCCGUGCUCGAUCCAAUCGUCGAAGCCGGACAAAAGAUCUCUAAAAAUCUGGGAUUUGCUAAGCGGCCUAAUGAAGCUAAGGACAAAGCUGAUCUGGUGGUGGCAUCAGGUACAAAUUCAAUUGUUCUCCCGGCUCUAGGAGUUUUGGCUGGAGGUGCUGCCCUGGGUUUGGGUGCUCUUACUGUGGGCCGUUUUUUUGACAUGGACCUCCUGAGGAGAUCCGGUGAACAAUUGGUAAUGGAAUUGGAUGAUCUAGAACACAAACGAGCCAUGGAGGGUAUCCAUACUCAUCCGGAAAAUUACUACCUAGUUGUGCCCUCAACGGCCAUCACUCGAAUGGAACCCGUGGAUCAACCCAUUUCCCGGACAAAGCGAGCAAAACGGGCAGCCAAUCCUACGCACCUGGAGAACACGAUUCUCGAUAACGAAAUCUACCGGAACGAUCGAUUUGACGAUCAGGGUGAUGUGAUCGAGAUCAUCGACCUAAAGCGGGCCGACGAUAGCGGCGAGCUAAGUAUCGAUUAUGACGACGACAGUAUCCAAUCGAUUAGCGGCAACAGCAACGGAGGAUUACGCAACCGGAGAAAGCGCGCCAUCGGUGCGUACGACGACAGCUUUGGCCAGACGUUGCAGGACGUGGAACGGGAUCUUCCUCGGCCGGGACGAGUGGGAUUCGAACAGCAGCUCCGGCAAACCGACUGGAAGAACCCAUCCUGCGCCAAGCGAACCUUCUGCCAGGUGAUGGUCCAGCAAGGUGCUGACGAUGUUGUGCUGAUGGAGAAGAAAAUGUACACCAUGCUGGAGAUGAUGCACCCAACGCUGGGAGCGAGCUUAACCGAUCACCUUUCCGAAGUAACCGACGCCAUCCGACAGCAAGAUUGUAACCGAUUCGUGUGUCUUCAGCGGUCGUAGAACAAGCUGAAUGAUGUACUCAAUUAUUGUUUUAUUUGAAUGGUUCUUGAAUAUUUAAGUUCACCUAGGAAAAUGUCUACGAAUACUAAAGAUUGAUUUGAAUGAAAAGAUGAAAAAAAAAAACUUUCCGUCAUAAUUCUGCAUCCAGAUAAACUCUGCUAUUCGAUCAUUAUUUCAGGCAGAAAAUAAUUCGACAUUCAAAAACGUACACACAAACACAUUCAGAAUUGUUCACGCACCAACCCACAUUAAUGUAUUGAAAUGCCAAAGGAUGAUUAGGAAGCGGGAAGGGAAAAACGAAAUUGUGUUAACUUUUCUGUAGGUUGAGACAGUAUCAUUAGUAAGUGCCUUUAGAUAGAAUUAUUUGUAUUGCGGAGGAGUUCGACGAACCAUAAUUUAUGAAGAAAAAAACUAACCAACGACCAACCAGUGUUGUUCCACGGUUCCGCAACUACAUCCGGGACAGCGUGAGGGCGAAUCUCGCAUAUUUAUUUUGAUUUUAUUUAAAUUAUAUUAAAUACGACUAUUUAAAUCCUAAUUUAUUCGCAGCCCACAGGAUGGAGGAGGAAAAGCAGGAGGAACGUGUUAUUAUUUUAGGAACCGUGAAAAUGUCAUUUAGCACACAUACCUAAUAGUUUGUCACACGAAUCGACGCUGACGAAAACGAGCAAUUUAGUAUAAACAGACGAAUUUCAGAAAUCAGACUUUAAGAUCUAACAGAUUAUGAUAUCCAUAGAUUUUGAACGUUAGAUAGUAAUUCCUAAGUUAGAUAAGUGAUGCGGAAGGUGUGCUGAAGGAAAAAAUUGUUCGAAAAUAGGAGAGGUGAAUUGCUGAGGUUUGUAUGCAGCAAUGUAGAAUCAUUAAGAUGAAAAUAUUGUAACAUUUUGAGAAUGUAUAA